GCAGCGCUAUCUCAGUAUACAAUUACCCAUCCCGUCGAACGGUCGAAGAAAGCCUUCGUCGGGCUUGAGUCAAAGAGUGAGAGCCGAACAGGGAAGGGAUAAGGUGAAGUAAACGGAAGGGAAGGAUCUCUACUCUUUCGAAGUCCUACGUAAGUCCGAGAUUGCAUAAACUCUUCUCACCAAUAGGUGUUCAAAGAAGAAGAAGGACCUUCUGUUUAGUCACAUAUCAUUUAAUUAGUAAUUCAUGGAAUCACUUUGGAAGCUUGUUUAUUUGUUCGAGCCAGCUUCAGUCACGCUUAUUUUGACAGCAAUAGCGGUAACUUCUGGAUCUGCCUUUAGAGCACUGUACUAUGGGAAAGAAAUGGAAAGGAACCGUGAUCUAUCAGAAGCAUCUAUUACUUUAGACAGUUCACAGGCUUUGAUGAUCCCCAUAAUGAGUUCUUGUAGUCUCCUGUUGAUGUUUUAUCUAUUCUCGUCUGUGUCACAAAUCCUCACUGCUUUUACUGCUGUUGCAUCUGUAUCAUCCCUUUACUUCUGGUUAUCACCUUGGCUUGUCCAACUCAAAUCAAAAUUGGGGUUGCCUGAUCCUUUCCUGAUCAAUUGUUGUUCCAAGCCUUUUACCCGAAUCCAAGGGAGUUUGGUAUUGGUAUGUAUUGCUACAGUUGCAAGUUGGCUGGUUUCGGGACACUGGAUAUUGAAUAACUUAUUGGGGAUAUCACUCUGCAUUGCUUUCGUGAGUCAUGUGCGACUUCCCAACAUCAAAAUAUGUGCAACCCUUCUAAUUUGCUUGUUUGUGUACGAUAUCUUCUGGGUUUUCUAUUCAGAGAGAUUUUUUGGUGCCAAUGUUAUGGUUUCGGUAGCUACUAAACAAGCAGUUAAUCCUGUACACACAGUGGUUAAUAGUUUGAGUCUUCCUGGAUUGCAACAUAUUACCAAGAAACUGGAGUUGCCAGUUAAGAUUGUCUUCCCAAGGAAUUUGCUUGGUGGAUUAGUUCCAGGUGGUACUUCAAUUGACUACAUGAUGCUUGGACUUGGUGACAUGGCGAUCCCUGCUAUGCUCCUUGCACUAGUGUUGUCUUUCGAUCAUAGAAAGAUCAAAGAUUCGUCAACUACACGCGAUUUAAGCUCCUCUAAAGGGCACAAAUACAUAUGGUAUGCUAUUUGUGGAUAUGCAAUUGGGCUGGUGAGUGCCUUAGCUGCAGGCAUUUUGACACAUUCCCCUCAACCAGCUCUCUUAUACCUGGUACCAUCGACUUUGGGGCCUGUAGUGGUAAUUUCUUGGAUGAGAAAUGAGCUGAUGGAGCUAUGGGAAGGAACACCAGCAAAUGUGAACGAGAAGACACAUUCAGUCGAAGCCUGAUGAUAUCUAUUUAGGCUUGUAAUGGGAAUAUGUGUAAAUUUAUAUAUCUACACAAUAUGGCUAUCUGCAACAAACCUUACAAAACAUUCACCAAAUUGUUCAAAUUUCCAUUUUGCUAGCUUACUUUUUCAUCAAAAUAGUUAUACAUGAUGAACUUGCCUAGAACCUUAAAUUGCAAGUACUGGAGAGGUUGAAUUUGAGCAGGUUAUGCAUGUAGGCUGAUAACAUUGGAUUUGCAGUCUUCUGUUGGGUUUAGUCAAUUUAGCAGGUUUAGAAUAUGAACUUUAUGUAAUUGCUUAUAUAAUAAGUUUUUAAAUGGCUUGCCA